CAUACAUACAUACAUACCCGUACGACAGUCAAAGCUGUUGGAAGUUACGGGUAAGAGCGCAAUACACGUCAGGCUCUUAUUUUCAUUCGUAGAGGAGGCUCGCCUCGAACAAACGGGUGACCGAGUCCGAAGGAUUUUGCGAAGAAAAUCCAGGAUAUAGGUCGCCUAUAACUGGUUAAAUAUGAUACGCGCCGAAAAUGGGGAUGUUGUAUAUUUGGAACAGUUAAAAAAUUCGGUUGAGAGUGACGCGACAGAGAAGGCAACGUCAAGAAAGUGCGAGGGGCAGCUGUCUUCAGUGAAGGCAAACAGCUGUUCGUCCUACAAAGGUGCAAAUCGUACGACAGAAAUGGCGCAAGAGGACAAUAAUCCGUGCUGGGAUAACCUACCAAGUGUUAUCCUGCAGGAAAUAUUCUCAUAUUUACCACACAACUGCCGGUUAAGAGCCUCCCAGGUCUGUAGAAAUUGGAGGUAUACUUUAUUUCAUCCCCGUUUUUGGAGAAAAAUUACAUUUGCUCUGAAAGAUGAAGACAGUAUAUUGUGGUCUCAAUGUUUGGGAGAAAAUUUUGGACUUAGCGUGCGUGAAGUUACAAUUCGCUGUGAUACCCCGAACCAUUCUGUAGAGGAAGCAUUAUCUCUUUUAAAGAAAUUGAGUUGUAACAGGCAACUACGUAAAUUGUUUUUGGAAUCUAGCAGUAGCUCGUUUGAAUACGACGAUGACAAUGAUGACAGUCCAGGAUAUACUACUCCGCUGAUCAAAUCUCUUGUAAAAAUUAUCGAGACGUCUAAUCGUUUAGAAGCUUUGAGUUUAGGAUGCAUAGAAGAACUAACGGCGAGCGCAGCUGUGCUUUUGGAACCUCUUCGUUUACACCAUGCUAAACAUUUGACAACUCUUAGUUUAGCAUCGGUUAGAGACGAACCAGAUGAUUACGAUUUUUUGCAAUUCGAUUAUGAAUUCGUUUUUAGUUCCUUUGUCAGAUUAUCCAUUUUAACUCUAGAUUAUGAGUUUAUAACUGAUUAUUUACUACAAGCAUUAGAUAAUGGCACGAUGGAAAGACUUGUAAUUCAUGUGCACGGUUGGAAUGACCAUUAUUUAGGAACAACGGACAGUGCUUGGCAAAAUUUUAUUCAAAAAAACCCAAAAUGCGAGUUGCGAUUGAAUCUUAUACACUCUUAUGUCGGUAUUCAAAUGUUAGACACCGAUAUACUACGACCUUCCAUGCCUCUAACACACUUAAAAGUUUUAUUUUGCGAAAAUGUUAAUAUCAGAGCGUUACAUCGACUAUCUAGCUGGUAUUCGCUUACUUUAAAGUCUUUAAUAUGGAUUGAUUCUAUGGAACCUAGAAUAACAUUUGAACCAGCAACUCAUGACCCAGAUGAUCCUGAUAGCCCUGAUCCACUAGUGUUAGUUGCAUGGAAGUGUACUAAACUUGUGGAAAUUGUAUUCAUUGGCCACAAAUAUUACCAAGAAAACUUGCUAGCUAUUGCGCGUCUACGUGGAUGCUCUCUGAAAUCAUUAGUGUUUGCACAAAGAUAUAUUGCAUCUGACAAUGAAUCCUGGCAUAUGGCUGAAACCAUUACACAUGAAAUAGAAGAAAUAAUGGGGCGUCGGUGGAAACUAUUAAGCGACGCGGAUUUACCUCCAGUUGUAAAUAAUGCUUUUGGAGGUGACAGUAGAGAAGUUAUCAUGCCAUUGGUCCUUUGCGACCAGAAGUAAUUUUCAACACAAUGCAAUGAAAACAACAAAAAUUACUCCCAAAUAUCGUACACUGACAUCUCCAACAAUUUCUGGGCGAGCUACAUUCUCAGAAGUGAAGUUAUAAAAGUUAAAUCUUUUAUUUUUCUAUAAGAUUUGUUUUUAUGGGAACUACGGAUGAAAACAUCGAACAGCGAACAUGUGUAAAUUCGUAGUUCAAUGCCAGUAACUAACGGAUACAAUAUUGCCUGUUAGGUAAGAAAACACAGCUCCAGUUCUAAACGGCGAGCAUUAAAAACGCACACAAGUUGUUCUUUACAAUGAUUUUAUCAGUUCUUACGAGAGCGUGAUAAGCCAUAGUUAACUAUGUCUUUCUUGAAUUGAUACAACGGGGUAUCGAAAUUAAGUAUGAAUCAACCCCCCUGUCUUUGUUUAUCAGAACGGAGAAUGAAGCGAUUCGCAUUGGUUUUUCUCUUUGAAAAACCUUUGGUAAUGGAAUCACGUUUCAUUGCUAACAGUGGUGGUCUCGGAACAAGAGCAAUAUAUGUAUUAAUGAUCGUUCCUCUCAUCAAUGAAUAUUAGGAAAGAAAAGUAUUUAAAAAAAAAAAAAAAUCAAACAUCAUUAAACGUUUGAGGUCUUACCAAGAAGAGACCGUUGAGUGUGUGUGACAUACGAUGUCAUGAAAGAAGCGGAAUUCAAACGCACGAAGCCAAAUGUACUACCGGUAAGGGGCGAUCAUCCUACCAAGUUAAAAAGAAGAAGAAUACGAGACCAGAAGAAAAUACGAAGAAAAGGGGGCCGAUUUCACACCAUGAGCCACUGGCAACCGUAACGAAAUUCCAAACGUAUGUAAGUAAAGAAAACAAAAAAUCAUGUUAACAAAUACUUUUCCAAUUCUAUGGGAAACUUAGAUCAAGCGAGCGCCAAGAGCAUGCAGUGUAAGAAAGAGUAACUAAAAAAAGUAGUAGACUUCGCGAAAGAGUUUAAACGGUGUUUUGUGCAGCAGAUAUACAAAGAUGCACUCGAUUAAGAAGUCGAACAGCGAUCCGAGGUUAUUUUUAAUACCAAAACCAAUCGGACGCUCUUGUACAAAUGUUAAAUGAAUGUGCGCCGAGAAGAGUGCGGUUAAUCUGGUGGUACGUGGUAAAACAGAGUUUGUAUAUCGUAGUAGAGAAUGGAGGUGAUGAUACAUCAUUUCGAUGACCUGUUAAACAACCUGUAUAAACCUCCAUAAAAAACAAAAUAUGUACCGUCUCUUCACCGUGCUCUUAGCGACCGCUGAAAACGAACACAAUUGUAGUUAUCUAUAAAAGAAGAAAAAAAAAAAAAAUCAGAUGAAUUUAGCUGCUAAUCGUGUAUGUGUAUAAUGUAUGUAUAUCUGUAUUAUCUGUCGAUCUUUAAAUGUUAAAUAUUUGGAUGCCACAUGCAUCUAUUUCUGUCGUGCGAUUAAUGACGAUUUUGAACGUUUAAAACAGAAGAAAAACAAAAAAUGGUGAUCCACCAGAACACAAAGAAAUAAUACCAAAAGAACAACCGUGUAUACAGUUUGUUAUUCUGAAAGGUUAUUUACAUUCUUUUUUUUUCUCUCUCGAGCCUUUAUGUAAUUAUUAUUACAUCGUCACGUAUCGUACUUGUAGUCACGUAUAUACCAUUGUUUUUUUUUUUUUAUAUGUGGUUCUGUACAUACAUUCAUGCGUUUAAAAUUAUUGGACACGCGCAAAAAUCGCGGAGUUGCGCCCGAAUUUAAAGGAGGGAAAAAAAAGGAAAGAGAAGAAGAGAAAAGUGAAGAGCGAAAUAAUAUAUAGCCGUGUUUAUUCGAAGGCAAUCGAAAAAAAAAAAAGAAAAAGAAAAUAAGAAAGGUUCGAUUAAGGGCUAGGCACAAGAUAACGUGAAAAACUAUUUCUUUAAACGAUUUAAGCUGUUAUACAAGAUGAACGGGCCUUAACAUGUACCUGAGUCGCGGUAAGAAUAAAUUUACCGAAAAAAAAAAAUAUCUGAUACGCGACAGCCACCAUAAGAAAAUAAUCGUAGACACCUUAAUGGACAUUUUUCGGCGAUUCGCUGGAACACCUGGCCGUGUCUCUCGCCAAAAAAUGCCCGCGCCGUAUUAAGGUAUGCGCUCUCGUGCCCUUUCAUUUCGUAUUCCGUGCGCGUGUAUUCUGUUCUAUAGAAGUCCGGCAAAUUUGUCAUGAAAAUUCGCAAACUUGUUCGCCAACUAUCACUGUUGCGCGAACAGGUUCGAUUUUAUUUCUUCUUCUUCUUCUUUUCUUUUCCUUUUUUUUUUUUUUUUUAAUUUUGCUCGUGGUUUUUCCUUUUUUUUGUAAUCGAACGAAGUCCCGCAUAAACAGUAUACUCGCGGGCACGGUGCCCGGCGUAUGAGUCUAAAGAGAGAGAGAGAGAGAGAGAGAGCGAGAGUGAGAAAGAGUGAAAGAACAUAUGACGUUGCGAAAUGAUAACGUAUGAGAGAGAACGGAAUUAACGAAAGAUGAUGAUACGCGUUCGGAUAUAAGAACGAUGAUAUCCAAAUGAAUAAUAGAUGCAGAAACAAAACGAAGAAAAAAAUAAGAAAAAAAAAACCAGGUAUCGAAAGAUACGUAGUACCAUCUCUGCGAAUUCACUGUGUACAAAGUCUUUAGAAAGAAGAACGGCAUUCGUGCAGCUGCUUAACCAAACGGGCACAACCCAAUUACACAUUAAUAUCGAUAUAAACGCGUCGCGACAAACCAAGCAUAAGACUGAACCUGCCGGGAAAGGUAUUACACUAGUUAGGUGAGCUGCACGUGUCGCCAAAUGUCCGACCUCAUAUUCAUAAAGCAAAAGAGGACGAUCCCGACUAAACGGAAAGCAUCGUUCGCGAAUCAUCGAAACGAAAUUGAUCACAUCGAUGUUGCGUGUGCGUGUACGACCGGCUGCGAUUUAAGUUUUCUCUGGUUAACAAGAAAGCGUAGGAGAAGAAAGCAAACCUUCCUCCUCCCUACGUUUACUUAUAAUUAAAGGAAGCCUACUUUGCAAUCUGUUGUACUUUAUCGAAUAAUGUAUAAUGGUUGUCUCCACGAUCGUUGCUCGUUUAACGGUUUCCUUUUUACUACACGUACGUUUUAGCUUUCCGUCUUAGCUCGCGGCCCUCGUCGAUUCGCCCCUUGAUGAUUUCAGCCACGCGAACACCGAAUUUAUGAAUAUGCGGCGUCGUUUUAAUUAAAAAAAAACAAAAAAAAAACGAAGGGAUGGUGCGCCAGCUAGUGUUUAGAUCGAACAAACGCCCCCGUGAAGAAUAAAAAGAAGAAGAAGAAAAAAAAAGAGCUCACUCGACCGGUGGUUCUCGUAGCCGAUAAAAUAUGUACUAAACUUUAAGCAGCCUGCCAAGAAUCAAAAUACUGUAUAAUAUCAAACGAACGCUAGCCAGUACAGAAUGCUAAGAUCUAUUUUUUAAGAAGCGAAUGUAUAUUUUUGUACUAAGGCAGGCCUUAGUUGUGAAUCGUGUGUAUUCUUGCGCGUGGAAAAAAAAUGAUGGCACAAGACGAGGAGAUCUGUGAUCGUGUCGGCUCAGCGGGACAAAGAAAAUCUUACGUAUAGCAAAGAGAGAGAUAGAGAGAGAUGAUAAUAAUUAGCACCAUGACGAACGAAACAGCAAGGGAAAUAACGCGACCACGGCGUGUCCUUGCUUUUGUUAUAUCGAGUGGGCUAUAGAUAAAUAAUAAGGGGCGACGAUAAAUCGAGAAGAAAACAUCUGUGAUAAAAAAAAAAAUUAUAAAAUCUUAGAAAGGGUGCUCGAGAAUAGGUGGCGAAAGAGAGAAAGAGAUCAAGCGUGCGUUUUAAGGGGGGAAAGUAAGAAGAAUCUAACAAAAUAAAAAAAAAUAGAAAUGAAGAGCGAAAGAGAAAAGUACAGGGGAAAGACGGAAUCCUACGUGUAUUAGGAAAACGAUACGCGAGAUAUGCAAUUCCUAACAAAAAAGAAAAUGUUUAGAGAUGCUUUUAGAAGAUCUAUUGUGCGAAAAAUGUUCGUCGUGACCGUCUUUCGACGAGAUAGCCCGGUCUAACUAAUGCAGUGGGUACAAAACCGUCUUGACCAUCCUUGUUCGAACGAUCGCUCGGCUGUCGUGUGGAUUUCGAUGAACGCUUCUCAAUCGAAUAAUAUGUUAUCGUUGCCAAGCGAGGAAACAUUUAAUUAAAGUUUCGUGUUCCUUCGAACGAUCGGAAUAUCAAACUCGAACGUUACUUAAAACAAAUUAUCUGACAUUCCACUCGAAGCUGCCAGAAUGAAAGGGUUACGCGGUGUAAUCUUUACCGUCGUUAUUUAGCCUCUCGUGAUAUCGAUAGAAUUAAUUUAAUAUACCUUGAUUAAUUUCGAGCAGAGGAAUCGUCGCUGUCGUGUUAGGUUGAAAGAACGAAUUAGUUUACACGAAAGGGCUGAUUCAAACGGAUCCGAUCGAGUCAACAAAAAGAAGAGAUCCUUGUUCGAAGUUACGCGCAUCGCGUGUUCCGAUUUCCCACGUGACCUCAGGAUAAGUCAGGACGUCGUACGCCACGAGUAUAGUAUUAUAAGUUCCUAAAGAAGAUGAAAGAAAGAAAAAAAAAAAGAAACAAAAAAUUUAGAUGGUUUUAAGUGAUCGAUAGAACGAAACCGGCAAUUACGAAUAAACGCAUAUUUCACGCGAACAAAGAGCAUUCGGUUCGAUGUUACGUACAAACAAGUUCGUUCGUUGAUUCGUUCUGUUUAUGGGAUUGUUUUAAAAAAAAAAAAAAAAAAACGCUUUUCAGACACUGCACCAACAACGUUUCUUUUUUUUUUAUAUAUAUAUGCAUAUACAUAUAUAGAUAUAUAUCUAUAUCUUAUAUCUAUACAAAUAUUAAUUUACAAGUACGCGUGUAUAAUUCAUUCCAAUCGAAAGGGGCAGGCGUGAAACACGUAUGGCGGUAAAUUUCAAAAACGAUGGUUCCGCGUUGAGGGAAACGGAGGCAAGAAAUAUAGCGUCAACGAUGGUAGACUGAAUUCAACGUGAAACGAAAACGGUCCUCGGACAAUCUCCGUUUGAACGGAUAACACAAAUUUACUCGAAUUUACCGCCGUGUAUCAACUACGAAAGAACGAUAUUCCAUAAAUUCGCGCGCUCCUCGAUCGACACCGUAAAACAAUAUUAAUAAAGAUAUUACCAAAACAGCGUUUAGAUAUGUAUAUAAGUUUAUUAAGGGCUCUGAUAGCGAACGCGAGCAAGCUAUUUUUUAUUGUGGUCGAAAUCGCGAGAUAGGAGACGGAAUUUAAUCCGCCGUGUAAUUUCUUCCAUUACGAACGGAGGGGGAGAAAACAAACGUUUUCGAUGUAAGAGAGAAUAUUAAGAAAAAAAAAUCAACGUGACCGGGCCCAAAAAAAACGAUGAAUGUCUUCUUGUAGCGUUGUAUUCUCGUUUAAUUAAUUAACGGAACGUGAAAGUCCUAGCUCAUAGAAACGAGCGCACGCGUGUAUGCAAAGUAGCAAAGUGAUCAAUGAAAGGUGUUUAAGAAACCAAAAAAACGACGCGAAAAACAACGGUCCUGGAGAUUUGUUUUUCCGAUUCGAUAUGAGUUUCUUUUCUCCGCGAGAAUCGGAUUUAACUUAGAAACGCGUUACGGGAGCGGAGCAACACUUAUGCGAGUGAAUCACAACUCUCGUUCCGUCGCGCUAAAAAUACUGAGAAUGCACGGGGAGAUUCCUCGACAGUGGGGUAAAUUGUUAUCUUCGAGACGCGUUAUUGCCUCGCGUAACUCUUGAUUUUUUUUAUCCUCUUCUUCUUUCACUCGAGUAUUCCGUUAUCAUUAUUAUUUACAAUAAUAACGAUACUCGAAGCCGAAAACGAAGGAAUAAUAAAAAGAGAGAGCGUUUCGCGUUUACUAGAACCGCGCGUAUUUGUUUCAACGCAAAACAGUGCUCAAUCGGUUUCGUUCGCGCGAACCAACCUUACGCCGUGCCGGUUGUCUCGGUAUUCCACGUUUAAAAAAAGAAAACGUCGUAGUUUUAGCGUUUAGUUUUGUAUAUUUCCUAAUUAUCGCGGUCGACUUGCAUUUCAACGAUUCGUGUCGUUUCACCAACAGCACUUUCUGUUAUUUUUCAUUCUUCCUUCGAACGACACGCGCGAACGCGAUCCGUUGCAAUUAACAUUUUCAUCGCGAUAUCUACAAAGUGCAAUAGAAUGCGCGCAAAUAUUGUACAUACACACCGCGCGCGAGUUAACGCGUUGACCGGGUUGAUCUUUCGAUCUCUUUCUCAAAAUUUAUUCGUUUUGUCCGUAAAAGAUCUCUUGAUAAACUUGACUGUUACCUGCCGAAAAUAUAAAUCAAUGAAAUCAACGAGUCGACUCGUCUCGACCGGUUAACAGGUUGACCCUUCUGUUAAAUAAUCGGGUACCUCUUGUUUAAUCCAGACGUGUUCUCUCGGCUGUUUAAACGAAAGAAACACGAAAAAGCGACGUUAUCGUGAACUACUAAUGGACAAAACGUGGCCUCUGUUAUGCACGACACAGUUUUAAUCGUAGCAGAACGUGUUUUCAACCUGUGUUCGGUGCACCGCGAGUUUUCCACUGAAACGAUAAGAUGCGCGCGCGACUUUGCAAACGUUGCCUAAACAUUAGGUUGCUGCAUAAGUUCUCUGAUCGUUAUUAAAAAAAAAAAAAAAAAAAAAAAAACGUGAGAAUUAAGAUCUUUUUUUUAGAAUAUUUUAUGUGAAAUUUUAAAUUACAAGUUGUAUAACAGCUGUGUAGAAUCUUUGUUCCUAUAUAAAAUUACACGGUAUAGCGAUUUAAGUGGAAGUUUGUUGGUGCCAUAUAUUUCUUUCUAUCUGCUUUAACGCUACACGAUAUAGGACACUUUUAACCCCAUAGCUGAAUUUUCGUUAUACAUGUUUUAAUUUUUUAUUAACGCGAAAUAUUAUCUGAUAAUGUUUGCGGUUUAAAAAUGGAAUGUUUUACAAAUAUAUUUUUUAAUUAUAUACAAUGUAUACAUCGGUUGUUAUUUCGUUUUGUUAUUCGUGGUCUUAGACGUUUUACACCUUUCGUAUUUAUAUAUUUACUGCUUAUCUGGAUCUUUUUCGUGAAAAGAUGUAGGUCAAAAAUGACCCAGUAUUUACACUUUUCGAUGGAACUUUAGCAGCAAUCUAAUGUCUUCGAUGAAGUGUACAGAGAAAGAAAGUAGUUGGAAUUGGAGUUCUUUAAACAGAAAUGAAAAUCGUUUCUCGCGUUGAUUUUAAGACGUGUGUAAUUUGUCAACUGGUUUGAUUCGCACGAACGUUUCGAUUUAAGAUCUCUUAAAUAAAGGAACCAAUCAAUUUCUGCGUAUCUCUUCGUUACUUUCCAAGUUAUUUUACUUGACGAUGACAAACUAACGAACGAGAAUCGAUAUGUGUGUGCGUGCGUGUGUGAACGACGCUUAAACUUGUUGAAAGGAACGCUUUUACCGGUUCCUCUUCAAAGUCAUUGCUCGGAUUAACCCCCGAAUGGCGGAGAUGGGUCGAUCUGACCCGAGCUUAUACAAUGGUGCUUGGAUCGAAAUUAAAAAUUGAAAUGUUUCAACGAAAAAUCUACAGGAAUGGUGGUUUGGUAAAUAGUUUAAAAUCAGAUGUAUCCAUCAUUGAAGAUAAACUUUACUUAAUUAACAGUCUGACAUUAAAUUUAAUCACUGUCUCAGCGACCGCCAUUCGUGGUUAAAUUUGGUUAAUCGAUCGUAGAAAUGACUCUGCGUCUAAAUACUUGAAAGUAUUCGAACAGUUGAAUUCUAAAAGAAAGGAGAAUAAAAAAAGCGUCGUGUAACGAGGUAAUUAUUUCAUAAGACGUAUCGAACCGGAGUUCCAUCGUGUUCUUCGAUGCGUGAACAGGUGUUGCUUGGCGUCCUACACUUUACAAUUUUCUUCGUUAUGAAAUAGAUAUCAGUAUUAAAAUGAUACUUUCUCGUUGACAAACAUGCAAUUCUAACGCUUUGACUGCCACGAGUUUCAGCCUAAUGCAAUCUUCGCCAAAUGGUGCAGACUUUCUCCGCGCUCGAAAUUAAUCUUCAGUUAAUUCAAAGUUAAUUGGAAAUAGAAAAAUUAGAUAAAAAGUUCAUUCUUGAUAUCCAGUGUACCGUGGUAGUCAACGCGUUAGCGAUUAACACGUUGACCUAAAAAAAAAAAAAAAAUAAAUAAAUAAAUUGUGAGUAUCAAUGUAUAUUACAACUCGUCUUCGCUGUAUCAAUCAACGUGUUAAAUUGUUCAACUUUCAAUGUUACGUAAAUUUCAUAAAGAAAGUUUGCAUGAAAGUUCGUAAAAAUUCAGGCGAAUUUCUUUCGGUGCCUCUCACCUUUUUCAGAUUCAACGAUUCGAUGUUUCGUUAACCCUUUCGCUACGAUGAUAUAUAAUUAACGAGAACUAGAAGAUAAUCGGCGAAAGGGUUAAAUCGCGAAGGCACCGAAAGAAAGUUAAUUUUAAUGGACCACCAUGGACAGCGAGUGAAUCGAACGGCGAAAAAUCGCGUGGACGAAUUCAAAGUCGAUCUCCUAAUCCGUUAAAACGGAAACAGUUCGUUGAACUCGUUUCGAUAGAGUCAUUGAUUACCGGAAGUGCGUAUACAUUGUGCAAGCGCGUGAAGAGAGGAAAUCGCAAGUCGAACAUGUUGCAUCGUCCUAUUCUUCUUGCAAUAUAUCCGUGCAAAGGGAAAAUAAAAAUAAAUAUCUUUACUGCCCUCGACCUUUCGCGGUCCAAUUUCUCCGUUUGCACGCGGAUCCGAACGUUUCGACAUCGAGCAUCUCGGUUCUGUUGCAUCUUGCAAAGAGCAUAUUAGAACAGGGAAAGUCUCUCCUGUUCUAUGCACCGGCAUGCAAUUAAUAGCGAGAUAUAAUUCCGGCUAUGUAACCUGCCGAGGAACAUUCGCGAAACCGACUUGUCGGUAUUCAACGUGGUACCUGAUUUUCUAACAUUCUCUUCUUCGCGCGCGAUCGAACUUAUUAACCCUUUCAGUGCUGAAUACUUUUGACAAAACGCUAGGUAAUUAGAUCGGUAGUUGGAUAAAAUAUUAUUCCGUUCUUUAGAUUCUACAGUUUCGGGUAAGUGUAGGGGAAAGGAUUGUUCCAUUAGUCAGAGAUUAGGGUAGGAUCUUGUUUCUACUUUUCCCUUAAACACAAAAAUAUUACCAUAAAUGAGCUAAUCUGAAUAAAUGAAAUAAUAUUUGAUCGAACUGUAAGAGUAGGCUUUGGAAUACCUAAAAUUCAUCAGUUGUAUCAGCACGUUCCAGAAGGGUCUGACAUUUCAUAGCACUUAAAGGGUUAACGACAAAAGAGGUAGUCUCGGCGGGAAUCAUUGGACGACGAAAUGGUCGAAUACAUCCUCGACAUUAUGCAGGAUGUCCGGUGAGGUGUUUGAUGAAUUUUCUUCUUUACAAUUGGACAAAGUUUAUCGAAUACCUGACCGGACACCCUGUAUAGAUGUGUAUAUAUAUUAUAUAGGUACUAACAAUGUUUUGUCUGUAAAUGUGAAGUACGUUCAACGCGUUAUCUGUUGAUCGUCCAUUUCAGUGAAAUCACGCUCCAGGUGCACAGGUACACGCGGGCAACCGGAACGAGCAGGUAAACUAGAAGCUGUACUUACACCUUCGUACAUAAAUACGAUCUUGUAUCUAUUUUUUUUUUUUUUUUUUUUUUUUUUAUUUUUUCUUGUUAACGAACGUCGAUUUUCGUUCGAUUCGAUUGCCCCUGUGCGACACCUUGACACCCGAUAAUACGAUACGUUCCUUAAACAGUACGAUUUUCCAAUCUGCUUGCAGCCUGUUGCAGCGAACUAUGUGUAUUUAUAAAAAUUCUCUCGUGUACUGCGCCUGUUGUCUUACUCCCGGCCAGCUAGUUUUUCUGUCGUUCGUGACACCGAAACUUUUCCUUUAGUUUUCUUCGUUUUGGUUCGUCGAUGGAUGAGCUUAUAUAAUAAAAAAGGAUUUUCAAAGUCAGCUAUUGCGUUUGUCACGAACGAUAGAAAUCUAUUAUCGUAAACGCAGCUAAUAUCCGUAAUUGUCCACGAUUGUACGUUUCUUUUACUUUUAACUAUGUUUCUUCUACGUGGACAAUAGAGUCUCGAACGAGCAUUUGUAAUAUGGCGCGAUAAAACCUAGUGAAAUCUGUCACGUAAAAAUCAGUAUUCUUUCGAUCCGACAUCCCGUAGAAUUGUACGCCGGUAUCUGAUUUUUACACCACUUCUUCGAUGAUAGAAAUCAAAUGUUUUUCUCAAGUAUCAAUCAAUUUUUAAAAGAUGUAUCGAUCGAUUAAAUAAAUCGUGCAUGGCAUAAAAA